AUGGGCGCACAAUGCGCGGCCGUGGUGCAACGCCGCCGGCUCCAACCCUUUCACGCCGCGGCCCGCGACGACAGCGGUGCAGCCCGCGCGCCGCCUCCCCGCACCACUGAGGGCGCGCUGGCCGCUACCACGGGGGAUCCUCAGCUGCCACUGGUGACACAGCUGGAGGGGGGCGACAAGGCCGACACGUUUGUGACGUCUGCGGGGGUGGUGCAGGACGUGGAGGAGGAGGAUGCACGGUUUGACUACCUGGGUGAAACCACUGAGGGCAACCUGCACUUUGUGCAACGCCUAAAGCGCGCCGGAGUGGUCAACCUGUUUGGGCUGGAGUCACUCGAGGGUAUCGUCACGACGGACCUGGAGUCACUGCAGGGCGCAGUCCAGGAGGUGUUGGACUGCCUGGAUGUUCCCCCGGACUACAGCACCAGCCGGCCAGACCGUGCUAUCUACUGCAGUCGCACUCUCAACCUGCGGUCUAUCAAGUGCAUUGGCUUUGACCUCGACUAUACGCUGAUCCACUACGAUGUCGAUGCGUGGGAGGGCCGUGCCUAUGAGUACGGCGUGGAGGCUCUUAGGCAGCUGGGGGUUCCGGUGGAGGGGCUGCGCUUCGACAGCAGCCUCGUCAUACGCGGCCUAAUCAUGGACAAGGAGCUGGGCAACCUUAUUAAGGUCGACAGGUUUGGGCUCGUGAAGCGUGCUAUGCAUGGUACGCACAUGAUGGGCUGGCAGGACAUCCGCGAGGCGUACGGCCGUGAGGUGGUCAACCUGCGCAAUGAGGGCCGCUGGGUGUUCCUCAACACACUCUUCUCAAUCAGCGAAGCCGUGCUCUUCUGCCAGCUUGUUGAUCGUCUUGACCAAGGUGCCUUCAGCUUUGGUGCUGGUGGUGGCCCUGGUGGCAGCCAGCUGACGUACCAGGGGCUGUACCGCAUGGUGGCCAAGGCGCUGUACCGCACACAUGUCGAGGGCAAGCUCAAGGGAGAGAUCAUCAAGGAUCCAUCCCGCUUUGUCGAGCUUGAUCCCGACAUGGCACGCACCCUGCUGGACCAGAGGGACAGUGGCAAGAUGAUGCUGCUCAUCACCAACAGCGACUACCAGUACACGUCCACGCUUAUGGCCUACGCUUACGACAGGUUCCUGCCAGACGGCAUGACGUGGCGCGACCUCUUCGACAUGGUGAUCGUGAUGGCGCGCAAGCCAGACUUCUUCAGCUACAACAUGUCGCUGUACGAAGUGGUCACUGAGGACGGCCUCAUGCGGCCGGUGCUGGCAGCAAAACGAGGAGGCCUCUACUGUGGCGGCAGCGCGCGUAUGGUUGAGAAGGCCCUGGGUGUUGAGGGUGAUGACAUCCUGUACGUUGGGGACCACAUCUACACAGACGCAGCACUGGCCAAGAUCAACUUCAGGUGGCGCACGGCCCUGAUCCUGCGUGAGCUGGAGGAAGAGGUGGACGCUCUGGCCAGGGGCAGGCCACACCGCGCCAAGCUCAAGGAGCUCAUGGCCAAGAAGGUUUGA